AUGCCCAUCCUACCCACCUCAAUCGAGGGCUUCUCGCCUCACGUAGACUCGAAUCCCGGACGAGCCAUCGAGGGUGGACAGUGGAAACCACAGUCAGCGCCGAGGACACACGCUCGACAUGGCAUGUCGUUUUUGUCUUGGAUGGCUCCUUUCCUGCCCGCUUGGCUCACCAAGCGGACAAAUAGCGAUACAAACCCAAACACAAACUCAAAUGAAAAGCAGCGACAGCGUACCCGGCCGACGGCAUACCUCGAUGGAUUGCGAGGGUUUGCCGCUCUCGUGGUCUACUGGGGACAUCAUGAACUCUGGGCCCACGAGGGCGCAGGCGUUGGAAAGGCCUUCGAGCUAGCCUACGGUUACGACAACAAGUACUAUUUCGCAUGCCUUCCGGGGGUUCGAACCAUCUUCGCCGGGGGUCAUUUUGCCGUCAGCGUCUUCUUCGUGCUGUCCGGGUACGUGCUCUCGAUGAAGCCACUGGGAUGCAUCCAGGAUGGCGACUACGCGGAGCUAGGUAAAAACCUUUCCUCGGCGGUGUUUCGCCGAUGGUUUCGUCUCUAUAUCCCGGUCAUUUGCACAACAUUUGGCUACCUGACCUUCUUGCAUUUGUUUAAGAUUCGCACGAUCCCAGAGCUUCAGGGAAGCUACCGCUCGGAGCUCUGGAGCUGGUACGCUGAAUUCAAGAAUUUCAGCUUCGUUCUGCGAACAGGCGGGGAGCCGUGGUUCACGUACAACUUCCAUGUUUGGUCGAUACCCGUCGAGUAUCGCGGCUCUCUGGUGGUUUACACCGCUGCGCUCGCUUUUGCAAGGUUUCGCCGCAACGCCCGGCUGAUCGGCGAGGUCGCGCUGGUCGGAUACCUUUUGUACAUUGCGGAUGGGGCGCACUUUGCCAUGUUUGUUGCUGGCAUGCUCCUCCGAGAUCUCGAUCUCCUCGCCAUGCGCAACGACUUGCCCGGCUUUUUCCGCCGCCUGGAGCCCUUCAAGUCCGUGAUGAUGACUGGACUCUUCUACGCGAGCCUCUACCUCGGCGGGGUCCCAUCGCAUACGGAUGAUUUGCAACAACUCCGGGACUCGACGGGGUGGUAUCUCUUAUCAUUCCUCAAGCCACAGGCCGUGUUCGACUACAAGUGGUUCUACCUGUUCUGGGCCGCGGUCUUCCUGGUCUCGUGCGCAUCGCACCUGCAGUGGCUCAAGGCGUUUUUUGCCGCCCCGGUCAACCAGUACCUGGGCCGCAUUUCAUUCGCCUUCUAUCUAGUCCACGGGCCGGUUCUGUGGACUCUGGGAGACCGGCUCUACGCUGCCGUGGGACUCGUGCGCGACACACAUGCCCACGAUUGUCCCUGGUGGAUCAAUCGGUUGCCCCUGCCGACCCUGGGUCCUUUCGGCCUUGAGCUCAACUUUCUCAUCCCGCAGCUGAUUCUGUUGCCCUUGACCCUCUGGCUUGCAGAGGUCACGACGAGACUCGUUGACGAGCCUGCUGUACGGUUCUCCCAACGGAUGUAUCAAGAGGCGCUGGCCGACAAAACUUGA